UUGGUUGGUUACUUGUUCGAAUGCAUCACAAAUAAAGAAACCCACCUCACCCACCCCCAACUCAAUAUACACUUUCCACUCUUAAUUAUUCCCCUGCCCACCCUCUCAAAACCAAAACCAAAACCAAUGGCUCCCUCAGCCAUAUUAGUAUGUGGUUUUUGCAUCUUCCUUUUCCAUCUCCAAAGCACAAGAGGGAACAAACAGGUUAACUGCAACAGGUUGCGAUGCGGCGAUAUAGAUAUUGAGUUCCCUUUCGGUUUGAGAGGAUCCAACCAAGACCGUCGCUGCAGGUAUUACCCAAUUCAAAGCUUCCAACUUUCGUGUCUGGACCAAACACAAACCAUUCUCACCCUCCCAGGCUUCGGUAACUUAACCGUGAAAAGCAUCGAUUACGAAACCCAAAGCAUCCGAGUCAACGACCCAGCAGGGUGUCUCCCGAAACGGUUCUUACACAAGUGGAACCUUUCGGAUGAUUCACCUUUUGCUUUAAACCCAUUGAUUUAUGGAACAAUUCCGUUUAACCUCACUUUCCUACGAUGCCCCUCCAACGUGACGGACUCGUCUCAAUUCCCGUCAGUGCCAAUUUCGUGCCUGAGCGAUAAAAGCAACUACUCGACCAUAGUUUCGUGGUCACAACCUAUUAUAUCAUCACCCUUGUUGUCUCAACAGUGCGAGGUCAUGUUUCGGGCUCUUGUCCCUCUGCCGGUGUUGGACACGCCCAUGUUGCCAUUUUGGCCUGAUCUCAACACCGACCUUGAUUUGGUGUGGACCCAACCCAAUUGUAGGGACUGUUCACUUAGUGGCCAACUUUGUGGCUUCUCCAAGGACAAAACUAAAACCCCUCAAGUUCGGUGUUUCGCUAGGGACUCCACCAAAGGUCUUUCAAGAAGUGGGAAAUAUGGGUUAGCAAUAGGAGUGGGAAUACCAGGAGUCUUGUGUCUAAUUGGGAUUUGUUGCUGUAUCGGCGGCAAGCUGAGGAUGCUAAGGCAUGGUGGACGCAGCACAGAUGUUCCGGUGAGAAGCGUCCCUUUGGAAAUGGGGCUUGACGGAGCCACAAUUGAAAAGUAUCCCAAAACUCUUAUUGGGGAGAGUGGACGCUUAUUGAAGCCCAAUGACAGCACCUGCGCAAUAUGCCUCUGUGAAUAUGAGGCCAAAGAAACCUUGAGGAGCAUACCCCAAUGUAACCAUUAUUAUCACGCACAUUGCAUAGACCACUGGCUCAAAUUGAAUGCCACCUGUCCCUUGUGCAGGAAUUCGCCCACAGCUUCUCUUUUUUCCUUCUCUCCCACUUCCUCAUUGGCCUAGGGGAAGAGGCCAAGAGACUUAUCGUGUUUCUCUACAUUUUUUAAAUUAUCAAAAAACACAGUUAAUAAAACAAAUCAAAACUUAAUGUGA